AUGGUUCAACCUUUGGAUUCCGUUGAUUUCUCACUAUUUCUGAUGAUAACACUUGUCGGUCUUCUCUUAACGUCCGACCUUGGUUUAAUCUCGACGGCGAAAGACUUCUGUCGGAACCGAGUAGAGAAACUCUUCGAACGCAACCAAGACUAUGAUGAAGUUGAUAUCGAUGACGACUACGACGAACGGCCUUUACCGUCUCGGGUGCCGCUGCCGUUCAUGGCUCAUGUCGUCUUGACUUCGAUAAAGACCGAGCUGCCAGUAGUUGAAUUCGGAAGAUCGAAACUUGGAGCCAAUAUCGGGGAUGGAUCAUCUUCAGCUGAGUGUGCGAUAUGUUUGGAGUGCAUCAUGGGAAGCGAAGGAAUCAGAGAGCUCGGGAAUUACAGUCACCUCUAUCAUAGAGAUUGCAUUGAUGGGUGGGUGGACGAGGGUCAUGGGACGUUUCCUUUGUGCGGGCGUAAGCUACUUCCAUGUAAAGCUGCUGGUGGUGAUGACGAUGAUUAUGAUCCAUGGAGUUUGGAGAGAAUGACCUAUUUGUUGGGUUAUUAA